GUGCAAUCAUGUCGCGAUUCUUCAGACAAGCUGGCGAUUCAGACUCUGAUACAGAGGAAUCCGACGAGGAGCUCCUCACUAGCGGUGAUGAAGAUGCCGCUGCCCCAAAAGCUGCCGCCAAACCGGCCAUGUCAAGAUUCCUACGCACGGCGGGAAGCGAUUCUAGUAGCUCAGACUCAGAGUCAUCCGAUGAGGAUGAACCAACACAGAAGAAGAAAUCCCGAUUCAUGCGUGGCGAUUCGGAUGAAGACAGUGAAGACGAGGAUGUCAAACGUGUUGUAAAAAGCACCAAGGAUAAGCGCUUGGAGGAAAUUGAAGCUACUGGAAAGGUCAUGGACAAUGGGCUCAAAAUCAACGACUGGGUCGCUAUAUCAAAUGAAUUCGACAAGCUCUUGCGUCUUGUGCAGCGACAGAGUAAUGCUGCAGAAACCACCCUUCUAAGUCUAGAGAACUCCCUUAAUGCUGCUCUGACGAAGGAGAAGGAGGCAAAGAAGAAGAUGAACGCCACCAAUGCUCGAGCGCUCAACUCCAUGAAGCAGAAGGUCCGCAAAACGACUAAAGAGUUUGAAAAGGAGGUCCAGCAGUAUCAGAAUGAUCCAGAAGCAUUCGAACGUGAAUUUGCCGCUCAUGCUCAACCUGCCGAUGUUGUUGUCCCCAAACCCAAGAAGCAGAAGAAAGGUGCAGACUCUGAGAGUGACGGGGAACCGGUAUUAGAUGAUCGGUUUACCACAGUCGGCAAAGGCGGCAAAGCUAUGUCUUUCUCCGCGGACAACAUCUUUAAAACUUUGAAGCUUAUUCAUGAGGCUCGUGGCAAGAAGAACACUGACCGAGGAGAGCAAAUACGGAUUUUGGAGAAACUCCUAGAAGUAGCGGUCACAUCAUACCAACGCAUCCGCAUCCUUCUGGCGCUUGUUUCAUCACGGUUUGACUACAAUUCAUCAAUUACAUCGUAUAUGCCAACUGAUCUGUGGCUCUCGGCGCAACAUGAAGUCGAUCAGUUGAUCUCAAUAGUGGUCGCGGACUCGUCCUACUCUGUGCAGGAGGACACUGAAGAUUAUGAUGAACUCGUUGAGCGCCAUCCUGCAACCGAGAGUGGUGGGGUUGUUCGUAUUCGUGGCAGCAUCAUCAGCUUUGUAGAUCGACUGGACGACGAAUUCACGAAGAGUCUACAAAACAUCGAUCCCCAUGGAACAGAGUAUAUCGACCGUCUUAAGGAUGAGAAAGUACUUUACCGUACUAUCAGCCGUUCGCAAGCUUUCUAUGAACAGACAAGCCAGCCGGAACCCUUGCGCGAGUUACCUGAUGCUGUCGUAUCUGCUCUUGAGUCUUCAUUGGCUUCGUCGGAGAUAACUCCCAGCGUCACUCUGGCAUCUUCUGCUACCACAUCAUCCCUGAUUCACUCCCUUUGCGUUCAUCUUUACAAAGCCGACAACUCCCUUCUGCGCACUCGCGCCAUGCUCAGUCACAUCUACCAUCACGCGUUGCACAAUGACUUCUACACGGCGCGAGACAUGUUACUUAUGUCGCAUCUGCAAGAGUCAAUCCAUUCUGCGGACGUCGCAACGCAGAUCUUGUAUAAUCGAACCGUUUUGCUCGCUCAGGGUGUCCACCAACAGCGCUUUCAACAACAACUCACGCCAGAGCAAGAGAAAGCGGAACGGUCACGUCAAUUGCCAUUCCAUAUGCAUAUAAACACUGAACUUCUCGAGGCGGCCUUCCUCGUAUCCAGCAUGCUUGUCGAAGUCCCCCUUCUUGCCAGCAUUGAGUCAGAGGAGCAGAAGCGCAAGGCGAUCUCAAAGCCAUUCCGCCGGUUACUUGACUUUGCCGAUCGCCAAGUGUUCACAGGCCCUCCUGAAAGCACACGCGAUCACAUCAUGCAGGCGAGCAAGGCGCUGCAAGAUGGCGAAUGGGAGAAAUGUCGUGACCUCAUUCAAAGCAUCAAGAUAUGGACUCUCAUGCCUGAAGUUUCGUCAGUUAAAGAGAUGCUUGCAAAACGUAUUCAAGAACAAGGACUGCGCACGUACCUUUUCACAUAUGCCCCUUACUACAGCACACUCUCACUGUCUCUCCUGUCGCGCACAUUUUCUCUUCCACUUCGCUCCGUUACAUCGAUGAUUUCUAAAAUGAUCUGGAACGAAGAGCUGUCAGCGUCUCUUGAUCAGUCAACUGGUCACUCACGUCCGCAGCAGCUUGCUCAGGUUAUUGCGGAUAAAGUCAGUGCACUUCUCGAGCAGAACGAAAAGGUCCUUGACAUCAAGCUUGGCGGUAGCGGAGGAUGGGGUGACAGGAGCGGUGACAAGGGUGAGAAGCGUGGUGAACAAACUCAAGAACGUAGAGGAAGAGGAGACAGGACGCGAGGAAGCCUGCGCGGUGGUCCUCGUGGACGCGGCUCGCGAUUUGCCCAGGGUCUUGGUAAUCAGAUGACAAGAGUACGAUGAACUUAUCAUUGUGUCAAUAUUAUCUUUUGGAAUGUCUACCGACGUGAUACUUGCGAGCUUGAUACUGGAUAGUAGUUUCGGUGAAUUCACUAGGCGAAAUUCUCGGCUCUACUUCAGUGGAAGUGGGUUUCUCUGACUCUAGUCGAUAUGUUAAGUACCUCUACUCAGAGGAUGAUUCCAGAGAAUG